CGGGCAUCCCCGGCUCCCGGCUCUGGGAGCUGCGGGGCCCCCUGCGCGGCUGACCCCGGCUGACCUCAGUUGGCAACCCAGUCAGGAGGGGAGGGGGCCGCACUGUCCCAACCCCACCCAACCCCUCAACGCCCCUGCCGUGGAGCCGCACCACCCGGGGGCACCGGAGGAGGCAGGGGUGGACCAUGGCAGAGAGCCCGAUGUGGGAACAGGUUGGGGCGAGCUUCGUGCACCUCUAUUAUCGCCACUUUGAUGCCGACAGGGUGCAGCUGAGUGCUCUCUAUACGGACACAUCUUGCUUGACGUGGGAAGGCCAGCAGUUCCAAGGGAAGGCCACUAUCAUGGAGAAGAUGAUGAGCCUCCCAUUCCAGAAAAUCCGGCACAGCCUAACGUCUCAAGACCAUCAGCCGGCUCCAGACAACUGCAUCGCCAGUAUGGUUGUGGGCCAGCUCAAGAUUGAUGAGGACCCCGUGAUGGGCUUCCAGCAGCUGUUCAUUCUCAAGAACACGAAUGAAAAAUGGAUCUGCACCAACGACAUCUUCAGGCUGGCCCUGUUCGAUUUUGCUUGAUGCCCUCGUGGGCCCGGCCCGUCCCCGUGGCAUCUCCCAGUGGGGCCAUUUCUCACCGUCCCCUGGCAGGUGGAGGCGAAGGAAUCCCCCAGGCUCUCGCUGGAGUUUUGCCCCGAUGUGCGUCGGCGGCUAAAGGACCGUGGGAGGGUGGCGGUGGCCAACGAGGCUUCUGCCUCGGAGAGGAACUUCUAGUCCACGCCGGUGCCCCGGGCCUAGGGGACGAGCCAGUGGCAUCGGUGGGCAGCACGAGAGGGGACCGCUGCCAGCGGACGACCGGGAGGAAGCUGUUUGUUUCCUACCUGCAGGCCUCCAGAAAACUUUGUAAAAACCAACUUGGAUUCCUAGAUGUCCUCCUUCUCUUCCUCCUCUUCCGCCAGCCCGAAAUGCCUCUGGGAUGGCACUAAUUCUAGUCGAGCUAUUUUCGUCGCUCUGCUAAGAACAUCUGUGGGAUGGGGGCUGACACAAAGGAGAAUUUUUCCCAUGUCAGAUGUUAGGACGUGGGAAACUUCCUUCAAGCAAACGCUUGAUGCUCAGAGCCCCUGGUUCUGCCUGCUUCGGCCUGUCGCGUGGGGCGGCUCUCGGCGGGGUGACUCCUGGCUGUGAGAGGGCCAAAAAAGGGUGCAAAAU